AUGGAGCACCUUCGAUGGCGGGCAGUCGCGAUUGCAGUGCUUGCGCAAAUGCCAGCAGACGCAGCCAUUUGUGGUAACUGGAACGAAACGCAGUGCCCUUCAAUGUAUGAUGGCGGAUGCAGCUGCUACUGGAAUGCCACAAUUUGUGCAAUUAAUGCCUCCGACUGCGGCGGCACUGGCGACACUGGCAUCACAUCCGUGGGUGAUAAUUGCACAUUGACAGGCGGUGAGGUCGUGAGUGUUGGCUGGCAUGGAGAAGACACUGGCGACAAUUGGUGCAACAGCUGUAUGUGCAAAAGCUGGGGCCUGGGAUGCACCAAGAUGGCCUGUUGGGCUUUGGAUGGCCCGGACACGGACGCCGGUAAUGACACGAGCACCACUCCCGCUAGCAAUGCUGGUCGCGCCUCGGCUGUCGGCGCUGCUCUGAUGAUGUCGCGGCUCUUCGUGUGGAAUGGCUGA